CCGGCAGCGGCCAUGGGCAGUGGCAGCAGCCGGCGGCGGCGGCGGGCGGCGGCGAACCAGGAGCUGCUGGCAGAAGGCGAGAAGGUGCUGGUGGCUUUGCCCACCCCUGGUCACCAAGCCGGGGACACCGAGGAGGAGGCUGGAGGAGGUGGUGGGACUCAGCCUGAGCAGGAGACUUUGUCCAGCAGAAGCCUCCCAGGCCCAGAGGACAGCAGUGCUGCCCACCAGUGUGCUCUGAGGAGCAGGGGACAGCCCCUGGGACACACCACGGUCACCUACGACUGCUCUGAGGAGGAGCUCAUGGCAAGCAUCGAGCAGGAGUUCUGCCACUGAGCCUACCCAGGACCCUCACUAGGGGCCUGGAGGCACAUCUGCAGCAGAGCUGCUGCUGGGCCCAGCCCCACCAGGACCUCCAGCACCUAGAGCAGAGCUGUCUGACCCCAGUCUCACCAGGACCUCCAGCACCUAGAGCAGAGCUGUGUGAGCCCAGCCCCACCAGGACCUCCAGCACCUAGAGCAGAGCUGUUUGACCCCAGUCUCACCAGGACCUCCAGCACCUAGAGCAGAGCUGUGUGAGCCCAGCCCCACCAGGACCUCCAGCACCUAGAGCAGAGCUCUCUGAGCCCAGCCCCACCAGGACCUCCAGCACCUAGAGCAGAGCUGCUGCUGCUACUGAGUCCAGCCCCACCAGAACCUCCAGCAGGUGCCUGGAGGCCUGGCUGGAGCAGAGCUGCUGCUGCCAAGACGAGCUCUUGCACUGUGAGACAGCAUGGGGCAGGUGGGUGGCCACGGGAGGGGAGGCAUGGGAGGCUCCUUGGGCAGCAUGGAGGGGACAGGAUGAAGACCCUCACCCAGUGAUGACUUCUGCCCAGCUCCUCUGGAGAAUCAUCGCUGGGCAGCCCCUUUCCCAGAGGCAUCCACAAGUGCAGACAUUGCAGGUGGAGGUGUUGGGAUGGCAGGGCUGGGCAGUGGUGCUCUGGAGAACGACCUCCUGCUGCUCUCACAGGGAGCAAAGCAAGCAGUAAACCACUCUGGGCCAGACCUCACCUGCCUUAAGGUCAUCUCACCCCAAACCAGGCCAAACUCACUCCUUGUACUGGGCAAGUCUCCAGUCCAGGUCUAGAGCUUGUCACAGCCCAAGCACAGGGUGCAAGACGAGUCCAGCAGCACCCAGCAGGCUCCAUCCCAGGCUGAACUCCAGGCAGGCGAGGCUGAGAGCCACUGGGGAGCACAGGAUUCCUGCAGCCCUUCUGUGGUGGGGUCUCAGGCUGGGUGUGGUACCUGAGGUUCCUUGGCAUGGAUCCUUGGUGGGGACAGGUCGGGAGGUCAUGGCAAUAAACCUGAACCCAGGAGGUUCCACCUAAACAUGA